CUUUCCGGUGCUGCUGUGGAGAGGAUGCUAACGCUGUGGCUCCAGUAGCUGUGGUAUAUGUGUUCAUGUGAAUGAUGUGCCUGUUUUCACUGGGAUGCUCGUUAUCUUCAUAUAGCUACACACACUUUGACCUAACGCUGUAGCUGUUUGUUCGGUGCAACAUGAGUGGCGGCUUAGCACCAAGCAAAAGCACCGUUUAUGUUUGCAAUCUUCCCUUUUCUUUGACCAAUAAUGACUUGCAUAAGGUGUGCACUAAAUAUGGAAAAGUUGUUAAGGUGACCGUUGUGAAGGAUAAACAGACACGGAUGAGCAAAGGCGUUGCGUUCGUGCUGUUUCUGGACAGAGAGUCUGCCCAUAAUUGUGCUCGAUCACUAAACAACAAACAAUUGUUCGGUAGGACAGUGAAGGCCAGCAUUGCCAUCGAUAAUGGAAGAGCUGCUGAGUUUAUUCGGAGGAGAAACUACUCGGACAAGUCCAGGUGUUAUGAGUGUGGUGAGGAUGGUCACUUAAGCUACUCAUGCCCAAAGAAUUUGCUUGGAGAAAGAGAACCUCCCCCAAAAAAGGAAAAGAAGAAGAAGAAAAAGAUAAAGCACACUGAAGAAGUUGAGCCAGAAGAAAGUGAAGAUAAGGGAGAAGACCCUGCACUUGACAGUUUAAGUCAGGCAAUUGCUUUCCAGCAAGCUCGAAUCGAGGAGGAAGAGAGACAAAGGAAACAGGCCACUGCAGACUCGAGCCAGGCUUCCACGUCAGAGGACUCUCAUAAACCCAGGAUCAAAAAGAGCACCUACUUCAGCGAUGAGGAGGAGCUCAGUGACUGACGAGUAUUUUGAUGUUCUUGAGAUGCAGUGAGGUUAUACAUCAGACAAAACUUAUAAGGAGCUUCCUCAAAGGCUUAUCAAGGUGAUGGAGGUGAAAUAUCAUUACGUUAUUUUGUCACUUGGUGCAGUUCAAAGCUGUAGUUCAGAACACCUCAGCUUGGUUCCAGUGGUUGCAGGUAAUAUGAUAUUUUCUCACUUCUAACUUAUGUAUCACAUGUACAUUUUUCUUCAUUAUUAUUAAUAGUAGUAGUAGGAAUAAUUAAGGGAAAGUAUCUAAUUGUGAUUUUUCUGGUCAUUGUUACAAUUGCAAUUUAUUUAGAGAUUAUUAAAAUAAGCUACAGGCCUGUUUUUUGGAAAGAAAAACAGCAUAUCCACUUUUUCUGCCUUAAGGCUUGCUAAACAUAGAGCACAAGACUGUUAGUUAUGAGUGUGUUAUGUACACAGCAUGUGGAUAUUUGGUUGCUGACUGAUCUAACUCAACGUAGUGCAGUUCACAAACUCUGUGUUAUUAGGUUAAAUUUACCCACUUAAAAUUGAAGACGUUGUUAAUAAUACAGGCUAUAAUUUUAGAAUUGAAACUGCAUGUCAAAAUUGCACCCCUUCAAUCCCAGUUCCCAAAAAGUUGGUACAAAUGCAAAUAAAAACAGAAGUAAGUGCUUUGAAAAUCCCAUUUGUCCUGUC